GGGUCGGGGGUCAGCGAAUGGCGAAGGAUCUGCUUCAAGAUCCUUCGAGAUCCUAGGAGUUCCCAGGUCCUGGGCCCAUGGCGCCGCCGCAGCGCUGCCCUCUGUGCCGCCAGACCUUCUUCUGUGGUCGCGGACACGUCUACAGCCGCAAGCACCAGCGACAGCUGAAGGCGGCUUUGGAGCGUCUUCUGCCCCAGGUGGAGGCCGCCCGCAAGGCCGUCCGCGCGGCUCAGGUGGAGCGUUACGUGCCCGAACACGACCGAUGUUGCUGGUGCCUGUGUUGCAGCUGUGAGGUGCAGAAACACCUGAGCCACGGAAACCUGACGGUGCUGCAUGGGGGUCUGCUGGAGCAUCUGGCCAGCCCAGAGCACAAGAAAGCAACUAACAAAUUCUGGUGGGAGAACAAGGCUGAAGUCCAGAUGAAAGAGAAGUUUCUGAUCUCCCCACAGGAUUAUGCACGAUUUAAGAAAUCCAUGGUGAAAAGUUUGGAUUCCUAUGAGGAAAAAGAGGAUGAAGUGAUCAAAGAGAUGGCAGCUCAAAUUCGUGAGGUGGAGCAGAGCCGGCAGGAGGUGGUCAGAUCUGUCUUAGAGCCUCAGGCAGAGCCAGACCCAGAAGAGAGCUCCUCAGCACUUGGAAGAUGGAAAGGGAGAAACAGCCAAGUAGCUUCCAGCUCACAGCAACCCUCAUACUUGGACCAGCCACCAGUUCCAGACCUUGACUGGAUGGAAGCAGGACAGCCUCUGACAUUCAUUGGCCAUCAGGAAACACCUGGAGUUGGUAACAUUCACUCAGGUGCCACACCUCCCUGGAUGAUCCCAGAUGAGGAACACAGCCCUGGGAAUCAACAAAUAGGACCUUCCUAUGAAGAAUUUCUUAAAGAAAAGGAAAAACAGAAACUGAAGAAACUGCCCCCAGAUAGAGUUGGGGCCAAUUUUGAUCAUAGCUCCAGCACCAGUGCUGGAUGGCUGCCCUCUUUUGGCAGAGUCUGGAAUAACGGACGCCGCUGGCAGUCUAGGCAUCAAUUCAAAACUGAAGCUGCAGUAARGAACAAACAAAAGGAAAAAAGCUAAUUUCAAGAUACUCUUCAAUCACCAUAAGGUUCAUCACAGUAUUUUAUUCCCUCUACCAAAUCCUUUCCUAGAAAAUAGACRUACCCAUUCAUUCGUUUUAAUAAAGCUUUAUUUUUUCAAAUGUACAGUU